AUGUCUGACACAACCUCCCAAACAAACACUCCCAACAAGGAGUCCUCCCCCAACGAGCGCCUCUACACCACCGCAACCCCCAUCCGCUUCGCCCCCCGCGGCGCAGGCGGAAACGUGGUCAUGCUAGACCCCCGCAACGUUCAACAGUGGCAGCUCGACGCAUACGAGGCCCGGCUCGACGAGACGGCCUCCCAGGUGGCCAAGUACAAGGACCGCGUCCAGGAGCUUGAGUCCCUCGUUGAGGAAUCUGCCAGCACCAAGGCUGUAGAUCAUACUGCGCUGCGUGGUGAGCUUGACAUGCUGAAAGCAGAGCUUGGGACGAUGAUGAGUGCACAGCAGCAGGCUCAGGCAAAGAAGAAGGGGGAUUGUUUUCCUUGGAAGACUUCUAUGGUUAUUCUUUUGGCUGGAGUGGUUUUCUUUUCUAGCUACGCUGAGGAGAGCAUACCCUAA